ACCACAGCUUUUCUAAACACUCCGUGUCACGUGACAGCACUCCGCCUUGUGAUUGGUCGGACAUGUGGCUGCUCGUUUACCAAGAUGGCGCCGACCCUAGUGGAGCAUGUUGUCGCUGAUGCCGGAGCGUUUCUGAAGAGAGCGGCUCUACAGGAGAUCGGAGCGAACAUCUACACGCUGCGGGAUGUGGUGGACGAGAUCCGGGACAAGGCGACCCGCAGGAGCCUGGCGGUGCUGCCGUACCAGCUGCACUUCAGGGAGCCGCUUCCGGAGCACGUCCGACACGUGACCGAGUUCUCCAAGAAGACCGGCGACUACCCGAGUCUGUCCGCCACCGACAUCCGCGUCCUGGCUCUGACCUACCAGCUGCAGCUGGAGCACGGGGGGGCGGAGCACCUGAGGGAGGAGCCCACACUGCAGGUGAACGUUCAGAGCACGCAGCGCCACCCGGAGACUCCGCUCAACGUGGCCGGCUUCCACUUUCCCUCCAAGAAGCAGACAGACGCCGCACACACGCAGACUCACAACCACACAGACGGCGAGCGCUUCAACAGCUUCCAGUUCUGGAGGGAACCUGUGGCGCCGCUGGAUGACGACCUGCUGGCGUUACUGGGUCGGGGGGAGGAGUCACGUGACAGACAGACAGACGCUCAGACCGAGGCGGCGGACGGCGAGCACUUCAACAGCUUUCAGUUCUGGAGGGAGCCGACGCCCAUCGUCAGCAACGAGCUGCUGGCUCUGCUGGAUGAAGGCGGAGCCUCACGCUCUGACCCUUCAGCUGAAGACCAAUCAGAUGACGAGGACAAAGAGAACGAGCCAGAGGAGGAGGAGGAGCCUGAUGGCGGCGGCUGGAUCACGCCCAGUAACAUCAGGCGGGUGAAGAUGGAGUCUGCUGAUUGGACGGCUCCUGCUGAUGUCACGGUUGGAUGUUUGACCACCGACUUCGCCAUGCAGAACGUUCUGAUCCAGAUGGGCCUCCGCGUCCUCUCCGUCAGCGGGAUGGUGAUCAGACAGGCCAGGAACUACAUCCUGAGGUGCCACGCCUGCUUCAGGACGACCAGCAGCAUGACGAAGGUGUUCUGUCCGCACUGCGGGAACAGUACCCUGAAGAAAGUGGCGGUGACGCUGAACGACGACGGAACCACCCAGAUGCAUUUCUCCAGAAACCCCAAAGUUCUGAACUCCAGAGGCCUGCGGCACACGCUGCCUCUGCCUCAGGGCGGGAAACACGGGAACAACCCCCACCUGGUGGAGGACCAGCGCUUCCCGCAGCAGCGCCUGUCCCGGAAGGCCCGGCAGAAGACGGACGUGUUCGACCCGGACUACGUGGCGGGAUCCUCCCCCUUCUGCGAGAACGACGUCUACAGCCGCGCUGCCAACCUGCAGAUACGAGACGGGCAGUGCGGCGGCGGCAGGAGGCGGGCCAAUCCCAACGCCGCCCGCAAAAAGUUCGUCAAGAAGAAGUGAAGGACGUUCAGGGUCCGUUUGAGCAGAACCAGAACUUUACGCGGUUCUGGGAGAAACGAGUUUAACGGAGCUGGAAUCCAGCGGGUCGUCUGUCUGUAAAAUCAUCGAAUAAAACGUCAAACACCACGGAGGCUGUGUGGGUCACAGGGGGCGGAGCUAAAACCUUCACUUCCUCCAGAGGCGGGUCACAAGCCGGUCAGUUCAGCAGGUGUCCAGUAGGGGGCGUGUCCUGUGCUGCAGUUUUCAGUUUUAACGUUUUGGAGGCAACAAUUCAACUGGGCGUGGUCAGCCAAUGUGUGCCCCGCCCAUUUCUGAAAACAUCACAUCCUGCCAACAUGGCGCCGCCCACAGAGACGCCUUCAGACGCGUCAUGUGACCACGAGCUGUGACAGCAGUUUGUUCUCCGGUCAGAAUGAUCUGACGGUUUUCGCGGCUUCAGAUUAGCGCCGGCGGACCGAGCGCCGCUCGUUAACCAAAAAAAUAACCAUAAACAUGAGAUCAAAGCAAACGGUUCUGGUUCCAGUUUAGGUCAAACUUCUAGAACUGAAGCUGAAGAACAAGAACCCAACAGAGUUACACUUCAACACGUUUUUUUGUAUAAAUGUUUGGCUGCAAUGCAUUGUGGUCUAUAUUCACUUACAGUGAGCAUUGAUGCAUGCUAGUUUUGCAAAGACUUCUGGGAAGUUUGCAGAGCUCUGAAUUUGGAAUCCACACAGCGCUCUGUAGAGGGACCGGUGAAGGCGGUCGGAGCGCGCUCAGUAAGACCCGGAGGUUCGGUCCAGCUUCAGUCAGGAAGUGGAUCCUUGAUCCCGAACCAAAACCGUCAAAAUAAAAGAACCAAAACGACUGAAACACCAGAACAAUUCUGGUUUUGAGUCUCGCCUUCACACGGAUUCUGUCCUCAUCUGGACAUGGAACCUCAUUUCUGUUGGAACUGUCUUCAUACUGUCACUUCUGGAAGGAAUUUGCAUUCUUGGUGACUUUAACGUUUUAUAGAAACAGGUUUCAUUUGGUGUCUUUAAUUUCCAAAACACUUAUAAUAAAUCUAUUCAUAAUUCUAGCAAAAUGUUGUAUCCACAAAAGUACAUUUUCCUCCAAAACUCCUGUUCCGCCUCUUUAGCUGAAAUUAGAAACUAUGUUGACGUGUGAAGUUAUCAUCUGACCUGGGGCAGACCGGACCCUCGAGGCCUGGAGUCUGUCUUUCUCUUAGAUCCUUUACUUCAUUUGUUUUAUUUUCCUUUAAUGCACAUGUGUAAACCCCUAACCCCCCUGGCUUUGUUCUGUUGUCUGUUUAUUCUUCUGAAUAUCGUCAAUAAAACGCUGGGUCCACCUCCCUGCCAAUCAGAAA